AUGGGUACUCCACUUGUUGGUACCGCUAUUAUCACCGGCGCGAAUGGAUUGCUCGGGUCGGAGAUAGCUGUCUCGAUUGCCAAAGCGCAGCCUUUUGUUCACUUGCUGCUAGUGGCCCGCGAUAUCAGAUCCGACAGCGUCAAGGAUGUGACGGACAGGAUCCGUCUCAUUGGACCCCGCUCCGUCGAGGUGGUUAAGGCAGACCUGGCCUGCUUCAACUCCGUCGUGAGCUUUUCCCAAUACACCGUCGAGAGGGUGCGAAGUAAAGAGAUCCCUCCCGUGAUCUUGUUGAUCAACUCCGCCGCAACUUCGUCAUACGUUACCGAUCAAGUCACACGAGAUGGGUACGAUCCCGUCUACCAGACCAACUGCAUCGCGCCGUUCCUGUUGACCGUGAGCCUGCUCGAGGCCUUCCGCGCAGGCGACGGUACACCGAACGGCGGAGCUCGAGUAAUCAAUAUCGGGUGCUCCUCCAUAUCCAAGGGAUCCCUGGACUAUUUUGACGGCGAAGACCCGGAGAGUGCCACCCAGCCGCCAGGAACACCAAUUGGCGCCAAGGAAGCGACCAGUCGCUUCGGAAGUAGUAAGCUGCUAAUGAGCGCUGCCAUGUAUGCCCUGCGUCGAAGUCUGGUACUUACGGGCAACAUCUCGCUCAAUGUAUACACAAUGGAUCCCGGCGGCUUGACCGGAGAGAGCCACCUAACGACCGAUGCCCCGUUAUCGGUCCGAAUGGCACACCAGACGCGGUCUGGACUCCGGCCAUUCCUGCGGGUGUUUUCCAAGAGUGCGAUAAACAAGGCUAGCGUUCCAGCCAAAGUUAUUGCGAGAGUCGCAUUUCAGAAGGAGACGGUGGAGAACUGGGGAAGGGAACGAUAUUAUAUCUUGGAUAGCGAAUACGAGGCCGCAUCCGUCAUUCCGGCCUUGCGGGAUGUGCCGCGCAUGGAUGGGCUGCUGCAGAAGAUCAUGCGACAGAUCGAGAUAGGCGUCAAGGGCAUGGGCUCGCCUCAAUCAAGAGUAUCGCGGCUGACUGCGCGUUAG